AUGGCCCCAGUUGCUACUACUGAAAGAGACGACGCUCCUGCGUCUGUUCCUGCCCUGAAAAAGGUCGCUGCGGACAAAGUCUUCAACCCGUUCUACUCGCCUCUUCAAGGCGACGACGGGGAUGAAUCAUACAAAUAUGCGGACUACAGGCCUUCCUUCCCUAACAUCACGUAUGAACCGCUGAAAGAACAAGAAGUCGUCGAGCGCGGCUUAUUUGCCGACCCCGGAAAGCCAACCCUCCUCAAGGCGGCCAAGAAAGUAACGACUCUGACCCCGGUCAUCGGCACAGAAAUCGAGGGCAUUGACCUGAGGCAACUGACUGAUGGUCAGAAAGAUGAAUUGGCACUACUCGUUGCUGAACGAGGUGUUGUCUUCUUCCGUGAUCAAGAACUUGACAUCCACCAACAACUCGACCUCGCACGUUACUAUGGACCACUUCACAAGCAUGCGACGACUCCCAUUCCUCGCAUCGGCCUCGAGGAGGUCCAUGUUGUCUACAACGAUGCCAGCCGUCGACCUGAUCCAACUUCUUUCUCGAAGCUUGAGUUAUGGCAUUCAGAUGUUUCAUACGAGCUUCAACCUCCCAGUACAACCUCGUUGAAAGUUAUCACUAACCCCGAAGUUGGUGGUGACACGCUCUGGACCUCUGGUUAUGCUCUGUAUUCUUCUUUGAGUCCAGGCUUCCAAGCCUACCUCGAGGGUCUCACUGCCGUACACAGCGCCGUCGCCCAGGCUGAAGGAAAUAGAGCAGCAGGCCUCCCCGUUCGUCGACAGGAGAUCGAGACCAUCCACCCAGUGGUCCGCGUACACCCGGCCACUGGCUGGAAGAGCAUCUACGUGAACCCUGGGUUCACUCGGCGAUUAGUGGGCGUACCCAAGGCUGAAUCGGACGCUGUUCUUCAGUUCCUCUUCCACGAGCUGAGCGGGAACCCCGAUUUCCAAGUGCGCUUCAAAUGGCAGACGAACUCAGUCGCUAUCUGGGACAACAGAGUUGUAACGCACUCCGCGACUUUUGAUUUUUGGCCUGCGACUCGGCAUGCGCUGCGCGGGACUCCUCAUGGCGAGAAGCCUACCUCAGUCGAAGACUACGAGCGGCAGACGGGGAAGCAGGCAAAGGACAGGCAGCUGGAAAUAUGGAAGCAGCAGGGAAUUACGGUGGAAGUCGAGGGGAAACCCAAGGCGGCAAAGCCCCGUUACAACGAUUGA